CGAAGACCGGCUGCUCCAGGGCCGUGACGUCGUGACCACAGGCAGGUGGAGAUGGCUGGGAUGCACCGUUGAGCGCUGCCGGCCGUUCGGCGGUGGCUCGACGCCAGCGAAGUAUGAUUGAACCACCCGAACCUUCAUCUCGUCAGCCACGAUGCCGCGACCCCGUGCGAACGGGUUUGGUUCCCUUUCUGGCUUCGCGCCGUCGUCCAUCGCUUCGUCGCGCUGCCCAUGGCCUAUCUUGAGGUGCUGCCCCUCCCCCUCGCUGGCCGGCGCGCGACGAACAGAGGGCAAGCGUGCUGCUGCUGGCCAUCAGGUGCACCGCAGUCUGGCACACUUCCGGGCGCUGCAGCCUCUGGAGCGCUGUCCCCACAAGCUUGCUCGCUGCGACCUGCAGCACGCGUACCAGAAGACGAACUUCUGUUGACUCGCCCGCUGCCCAUCGCCAUAGCAGCUCCAAUUAUAGACAGGGCAGGCUGCAACCACGGUGCAUCGCGGCACUCUGUUCCCUGCGGUGCCUGCAGGUUCCCCAC